AUGGUCGUGGUCAAAGCCUCAGCCCUCUUUUUGGGCCUUGCGCCCCUUAUUCUUCCCGUUAGCGGCCAAGCUGUCAACGACGUGGCUGAUGCCUUCGACUUGACUCAGGUCUCCCUCACUGAUAGUCGAUGGAUGGACAACCAGAACCGAACAUUGAACUAUCUUCUUUCAAUUGACCCCGAUCGUCUACUCUAUGUUUUCCGCAAGAAUCACGGCCUCGAUACAAAUGGUGCACAGACUAAUGGUGGCUGGGAUGCUCCCGACUUUCCCUUCCGAAGCCAUGUCCAAGGCCAUUUUCUUUCAGCCUGGACACAGUGUUAUGCUUCCGCGGGAGUCAAAGAAUGUGGCUCGCGAGCUACAUACUUUGUACAGGAGCUCGCCAAAUGCCAAGCCAACAACGCAAAGGCUGGCUUCACCAAAGGAUAUCUUUCUGGCUUUCCCGAAAGUGACAUCUCUAAAGUCGAGGACCGCACGCUGAGCAACGGAAAUGUUCCGUACUACGCCAUUCACAAGACUCUGGCGGGACUGCUAGAUGUUUAUCGCCGUAUGGGUGAUCAGACUGCUAAAGACACCAUGCUGUCGCUUGCCAGUUGGGUUGACACUCGCACCUCGAAGCUGAGCUACAGCCAGAUGCAAAGCAUGCUACAGACUGAGUCUGGUGGAAUGAAUGAGGUCCUCGCCGAUAUCGCGUUCUAUACCAAAGAUGCAAAGUGGCUCAAGGUCGCCCAGCGCUUCGACCAUGCUGUCAUCUUCGACCCCCUACAACAGAACGUCGACAAACUCUCCGGUCUUCACGCCAACACUCAACUUCCCAAGUGGAUUGGUGCUCUUCGUGAGUAUAAGGUCGGCGGUGAUAAGAAGUACCUCGAAAUUGGUCAAAACGCCUGGAAUAUUGUCGUAAACAAGCAUACCUACGCCAUUGGUGGAAACAGUCAGGCCGAGCACUUCCGAGCUCCCGAUGCUAUUGCCGGAUUCCUUACAGACGAUACUUGCGAGGCUUGCAAUAGCUACAACAUGCUGAAACUCACUCGUGAGCUUUGGGCCUUGAACCCGACUGACGCUUCAUACUUUGACUUCUACGAGAAGGCCCUGCUAAACCACUUGCUUGGCCAGCAGAACCCUAGCAGUGACCAUGGACAUGUCACGUAUUUCACACCUCUCAAGGCUGGUGGACGCCGCGGAGUUGGCCCUGCUUGGGGUGGCGGUACCUGGAGCACUGAUUACAACUCCUUCUGGUGCUGCCAGGGCACAGGAGUCGAGACCAAUACCAGGCUCAUGGACUCGAUCUACUUUCACACUUCUGACACGCUCUACGUCAACCUCUUCACUCCCUCGAAGCUCAAUUGGUCUCAGAAGAAGGUUUCUGUCACCCAGACGACUGACUUCCCUGAAAGCGAUACGUCAACAUUCAAAAUCUCCGGUGAUACUGGUGAAUGGACCCUCGCCGUCCGCAUCCCAUCUUGGACUUCUAAAGCCUCCAUCAAGGUCAACGGCCAAGCUGCCGAUGUGGCCAUUCAAUCUGGCAAGUACGCUCUAAUCAAGAGACAGUGGAAGUCAGGAGAUACCGUUACAGUCCAAUUACCCCUGAGCCUGCACACCGUUGCUGCCAACGAUGACCAGACUUUGGGUGCGAUUGCUUUUGGUCCUGUCAUUUUGGCUGGUAACUAUGGGGAGUCUACCCUGAACGGCAACCCUACGAUCGACCUGACAAGUAUCAAGCGAAAGAGUAACACUGGUUUGACAUUUGGGGCUACCUCUGGUGGAAAGGCUGUCGAGUUGGGUCCUUUCUAUGAUGCUCAGGGGUUCAACUAUGCUGUUUACUGGAAGUUGAGUGGUGCGCUUUCAGGUUGA